AUGAUUGAAACCUUCAUCAAUGUUGCCUUCUGUGUGUCCAGUGUGGUAACGGUGUUGAUGUUACUGCUCCCAUCGCAGUAUGAUCCCCAACCAUCCACACUCAAGAAGACGAAAACAAGUGUACAGAUCCUCGUGCUAGGCGACAUCGGUCGUAGUCCACGCAUGCAAUACCAUGCCUUGAGUAUUGCCAGAAACGAUGGUCAGGUGGUGAUUAUCGGAUACACAGAGUCCGAGCCUCACCCCGACCUAACCUCCCACCCAAACGUCACUAUUGUUCCUAUUCGUCCCCAUCCAGCGAUCCUACAAACAAGCAAUAAACUCCUUUUCAUUCUUUAUGGACCGUUGAAGGUGCUAUUCCAGGUUAUAUGUCUAUGGCGCUGUCUAGCGUAUACUGCCCCGCCAUCGCGGUGGUUGCUAGUGCAGAACCCGCCCUCGAUCCCUACACUCGCUGUCGCUUCUUUGUCCUGCUUCCUAAGACAAACACGACUUGUCAUUGAUUGGCAUAAUUUUGGGUAUUCUAUUCUAGCUUUGAAGCUCGGUCCCAACCAUCCGCUCGUGAAAGUGUCUCUAUGGUAUGAGAAGGUGUUUUGCAAGUCGGCAUUCGCUCACUUCUGCGUAACCGACGCAAUGCGUUCGGUUCUCAAACAGAAUUUCCACUUGCAGGCUCCAAUCUUGCCAUUGCACGAUCGCCCCGCGAGUCAUUUCAGCCCCAUUCAAGAUCCCGACGAGCGCAUCAAGUUCCUUGCAAAUCUGCCUGAAACAAAGGAGAUAUGCUCGAAGGCCACCAGGCUACGUGUUCUGGUCAGCUCAACCUCCUGGACGCCUGACGAGGACUUUUCAAUCCUCAUUGAAGCACUGCUGCAAUACUCCAAGCUCGCAACCUCAAAACCGGACCUUCCCGAGAUCCUGGCAAUUAUUACCGGUAAAGGACCGCAAAAGGAAUUGUAUAUGCGGGAAAUCGCGGCCUUGGAAGCGGCAGGUAAGCUUGAAAAGGUCACGAUUCGUACUGCGUGGCUGAGUGUGUCAGACUAUGCCAAGCUCUUGGCAUCUGCAUCGCUAGGGGUGAGUCUGCACACCAGUAGUAGCGGAGUAGAUUUACCCAUGAAGGUCGUUGACAUGUUCGGUGCUGGCCUUCCGGUCGUGGGUUGGAGCCGCUUCGAAGCAUGGCCGGAGCUGGUGACAGAGGGUGUGAAUGGCAUGGGCUUUGACAACGCGGAUAAACUGGCGGAACACUUGGUCAAGCUGUUUGGUGACGACAGAAAGCUCGAAGCCCUUCGCGUGGGGGCACAAAACGAGAGCUCUCGGCGUUGGGACGAUGAAUGGAAUCCCAUCGCGGGUAAGCUGCUUGGUUUGAUCUAG